AUGAGUGAUAGACAAAAGGGACUAAUUGAUGCUGUGACUGCUAUACCAGAGGCAGAACACCGAUAUUGUUGUUUUCACAUUGAGAACAACAUGAUAAAAAAGUUUGGAAUAUCACAACUAAGGGGCCUGUUUUGGGCAGCAACUGAGACAGCGAAUUUCAACACUUUCAAGCGCAUUAUGGACAUGAUAAAAGAAUUCCACUCAGAGACACAUGAGUGGUUAUCAAAUAUUGAGUUCAAUCAUUGGACUUUGAUCAAGUUUGACACUAGAGCGAAGGUAGAACACAUUACCAACAAUUUCGUUGAGUCAUUCAAUGAUUGGAUAGAGGAGCAUCGUUACAAGCCUCCAGUGGAUCUGUUGGAAGGGCUAAGAAUGCAACAAUCAGCCAUGAUGUAUGCUAGGAAAAAGACUGCAGAAAGAUGGGAGCACAAGCUCACUCCAAAGGUCCAUCAAAAGGUACACGAACUACUCAAGAAAGGUCGACGAGCACACGUAACAAGGGUUGGUGAAGAAGAAUUUCAGGUUGAUUAUGACAAGAAAAGUUGUAUUGUAAGAUUAAAUGAAUGGUACUGCAUUUGUGGGCAAUGGCAGGUCAGAGGAAUACCGUGCAUACACGCAGCUGCUUGUAUAAGAAAAAUUAGGGCCAACAUAGAAGAUUAUUGCUCACCAUACUUCACCACUGAAAUUUGGAGGAAGACUUUCCAGGGUGUAAUUCAUCCCAUAGCUGAUGAAUCUAUGUGGCCUGAGUUUGAUGAUGAAGAACUAUUGCCUCCUGUCAUAAAGGUGCAACCAGGAAGACCCAAAAAACAUCGCAGAAGAAGAGUUCCUGGAGAGGAGAGACCAUUGCCAUCAAUGAUAGAAAACCAACCACAGAGACUUGUUUCUAGCACCAAAAAGUGUAAGAAUUGUCAUGAGUUUGGGCAUAACAAGAGGACUUGCAAGAAUCCGAGCAUCAUAUCACAAAAUCAACCACCUGAAGGCUCUGCUCAAGCACAAGUACCACUUGAAGGCUCAUCUCAAGCACAAGUACCACCACCAACAGGCAAGGGCCGUGGAAAGACAAGUGCUCGAGGCAAAAAAGAUGCACCAACAACAAAAAGCAAAGGCAGAGAUCGAGGUCGAGGGAUAGUAAUGGGCACACACUCGGAGCUUCAAGUUGGGAGCUUAGAUGCAUCUCUUGAGGAGAUGCACUUGUCUGGAGCACCAUUAGAUAUUUUCUCAACUCAGGAUACUUAG